CAGCCAAGGACUACACAGAGAAACCCUGGGAUUAAUGGCCUGAGCGACCACUGCCUGGUCCCUUCUCCAGCUUUGAGACAGGUUUCUCUGUGUAUUCCAAGCAACAAAUGUUAGCAGUGAAAGGAACUGAGUCUAUGGCCUCACACUUGCUAAGCUAAUGCUCUAUCACUAGCCCCACCCCCAAACAAACAAACCAAGCCGCACAACAAAACAAAAUGGGUACAGUUAGCCUACUUUAUAGCUGAGGCCAUUAAAUGGGUUAUAGCUAAGAAGAUUCUUUCAAGUAGACAGUGGUAAAUGUCAUUGUCAUGGGUAUGCUUUCAAGAUUAGUGAUGAAUGGGACUGUGAUAAGUACUUUGUUCACUUUUUUUCCACCCUUUGAGACAGGGUCUCUUACAGAGCUCUCGCUGUCCUGGAACUCACUCUGUAGACCAGGCUAGCCUCAUAGAGAUCUGCCUACCUCUGAUUCGUAAGUGCUAGGAUUAAAAGCGUGCUCCCCACCAGGCUCCACUACUUUGCACACUUUAAUUCGCAUCUGAGAAUAAACCCGCAGGGGAGGUACUAUAAUACUUCUUAGAUAAAGGGAAACUGGUUUUGAGAGAAUGGGUGACUAUGUCUAAUUUGAAAAUUACAACUCCACCCCAGGAAAAGGUGGCUUAUUUCAAGAGAUCUCAGACCACUUGGCAGCCCACCCAGCACCAACGCCUCUGUUCCUCUUUCGAUUGGCAACUGGUCUACCUCCAGCUCCGAUUUCUGCUCCAAGUCUAGCACAGGAAAGAUGCUCAUGGCUCUAAGAUCCCGAACCAAAUCCCCAGAAAUGUGCCGCCUUUCCUAAUCUAGUUUAGGUAGCGACUCCUCUCCACGCUAGUUCAUCCAUUUGCUUCACCUGCUUGAGUCAAACUCAGCAGCCAGGAAGGCGGACAAUCCUGCAAGCACGAAUCCGGCCACCUGCUAGUCGUAGCCACCGGGCUAAGCCACGCCUCUUAAAGGUCGGUUGAACUUCUAAGCGGAAAUCCAAGACCCUUAGCUGCCCGCCCCUUCCUUCAGGCGGGAACGUCGAACGCCAAGAUCACGGAGCGCAGCCAAUAGGGGAAUGUGGCGGCCGAGUGGCGGGAGGUUCGAUUGACACUGCCUGGAGGCUGUUAACGCGCGCUUCGGGAAGAGGAAGGUUAAGGGCCGGAUGCCGGAGACGCUCUUUGCCUCUCUUCAGCAUCUUCUGAGAUUCUCCUCCUCCUAACCUGGACCUUCUACUGGCCCUUCCCAGGUUACUGUGAACGUCCCUGAACUCUUUCCUGGGUCCCUACCUGACCUUCCUCAGAUUGAGGUUUGGCAUCAGUCCAGCGCUGAUUUACACCCGGCUCCGCCUAGAUUUGCACUUAGGAUUUCUUGAGCCUUGCGUUAACUGGCGACUGACAUUCCCGGUUUGAACCCACGCUCCAGCCCGAUUGCGUCUCUUCCACCCAUGACGACUCUUUCGAUUUUCUUUUCAACGAUAUAGCAGCUCCCCUCUAUAGCAUGCCCUGCUCCUGCAUUCUCUGUUGCUGAGGGCUUUUAACUUAGCUGAUGGGUACUUGACACCUGACGUGCCUGGGCCCAGGAUGAGGAGGAGCUUAGCUCCCAGCCAGUUGGCCAGGAGGAAACCAGAAGACAGAUCAUCUGAUGAUGAAGACUGGCAGCCUGGGGCAGUAACUCCUAAGAAACAAAAAUCCAGUAACGAGACCCAGUGUUUCCUGUCUCCUUUUCGGAAACCUUUGACUCAGUUAAUCAACCGACCACCCUGUCUGGAUAGCACUCAACAUGAAGCAUUUAUUCGAAGCAUUUUGUCAAAGCCUUUCAAGGUCCCCAUUCCAAAUUAUCAAGGUCCUCUGGGCUCUCGAGCAUUGGGCUUGAAAAAGGCUGGUGUUCGUCGUGCCCUCCAUGACCCUCUGGAAGAAGGUGCCUUGGUUCUGUAUGAGCCUCCCCCACUAAGCGCCCAUGACCAACUGAAGCUUGACAAGGAGAAACUCCCUGUGCACGUGGUUGUUGAUCCUAUUCUCAGUAAGGUGCUGCGGCCUCAUCAGAGAGAGGGAGUGAAGUUCCUGUGGGAGUGUGUCACCAGUCGUCGAAUCCCUGGAAGCUAUGGCUGUAUCAUGGCUGAUGAGAUGGGCCUGGGAAAGACACUACAGUGCAUCACAUUGAUGUGGACACUUUUACGCCAGAGCCCAGAGUGCAAGCCAGAAAUUGAGAAAGCAGUGGUAGUGUCACCUUCCAGCUUGGUGAAGAACUGGUACAAUGAGGUUGGGAAGUGGCUUGGAGGGAGGAUCCAACCCCUGGCCAUCGACGGAGGCUCUAAGGACGAGAUAGACCGAAAACUGGAAGGAUUCAUGAACCAGCGUGGAGCAAGAGUGCCUUCUCCUAUUCUCAUCAUUUCCUAUGAGACUUUCCGCCUUCACGUUGGAGUCCUUAAAAAAGGAAAUGUUGGACUGGUCAUAUGUGAUGAGGGGCAUAGGCUUAAAAACUCUGAGAAUCAGACUUACCAGGCCCUGGACAGCUUGAAUACCAGUCGUCGGGUGCUCAUCUCCGGGACCCCCAUCCAAAAUGACUUGCUUGAAUAUUUCAGCUUGGUGCACUUCGUUAAUUCAGGCAUUUUGGGAACUGCCCAGGAGUUCAAGAAGCAUUUUGAGUUACCAAUUUUGAGGAGUCGAGAUGCAGCUGCCAGCGAGGCAGACAGACAGCUAGGGGAGGAACGUCUGCGGGAGCUCAUCAGUAUUGUGAAUAGGUGCCUGAUACGGAGAACAUCAGAUAUCCUCUCUAAAUAUCUGCCAGUGAAGAUUGAGCAGGUGGUUUGUUGUAGACUGACACCCCUUCAAACUGAGUUAUAUAAGAGAUUUCUGAGACAGGCUAAGCCUGAAGAAGAAUUGUGUGAAGGCAAGAUGAGUGUGUCUUCACUGUCCUCUAUCACCUCUCUAAAGAAGCUAUGUAACCAUCCAGCUCUAAUCUAUGACAAGUGUGUGACAGGGGAGGAUGGCUUUGAGGGUACUUUGGAUAUCUUCCCACCUGGUUAUACCUCUAAAGCUGUAGAACCACAGCUGUCAGGUAAGAUGCUUGUCCUUGAUUACAUUCUGGCCAUGACUCGGAGCCGCAGCAGUGACAAAGUUGUGCUGGUGUCUAAUUAUACUCAAACGUUGGAUCUCUUUGAAAAGCUGUGCCGAGCUCGAAGGUACUUGUAUGUUCGCCUGGAUGGCACAAUGUCCAUUAAGAAGCGAGCCAAGGUUGUGGAGCGCUUCAAUAGUUCAUCGAGUCCUGAUUUUGUCUUCAUGCUGAGCAGCAAAGCUGGGGGUUGUGGUCUUAAUCUCAUUGGUGCUAAUCGGCUGGUCAUGUUUGAUCCUGACUGGAACCCAGCCAAUGAUGAACAAGCUAUGGCCCGAGUCUGGCGUGAUGGUCAAAAGAAGACCUGCUAUAUUUACCGACUGCUGUCUACUGGAACCAUAGAGGAGAAGAUCUUUCAGCGGCAGAGCCAUAAGAAGGCACUGAGCAGCUGUGUGGUUGAUGAGGAGCAGGAUGUGGAGAGACACUUCUCUCUUGGUGAGCUCAAAGAGCUGUUUACCCUGGACGAAGGCAGCCUCAGUGACACACAUGACAGGCUGCAUUGCCGCCGUUGUGUAAACAGACGCCAGGUCUGGCCACCCCCUGACGGUUCUGACUGCACUUCAGAUUUGGCUCAGUGGAACCACAGCACAGAUAAACGGGGACUCCAAGAUGAGGUACUCCAGGCUGCCUGGGAUGCUUCAUCUACAGCCAUCACCUUCGUCUUCCAUCAUCGUUCUCAUGAGGAGCAGCGGGGUCUCCACUGAUAACCAGCUGGUCUGGAUGCGGUGGUUAGAGGAGAAGGAUACAGGGAAAGUGGGUUCUCUGCCUCAUGAAGCUCUGCUCAGUUUUGUUCUCUAGGAGAAAAUCAUCAAGAAGGGCUGCAUGAUGUUUGCCCAAAAUUUAUUUUAUAAGAAAAACUUUUUUGGUUUAAAAAAAAAAGAAGAAAGGAAUAAAGGCAUGAAAGGGACUGAGGCCUGGGAACAGAUUGGUAAGCCCAGGAGGGAAGAGGCCUGGUGCUGGACAUUCUUAUGCUUCUCAAAGCCUGGGUGCCUGCUUGAAGGAGGAGGCAGGUAACCCCAGGGCAGGGGCAGGAGGCUUUCCGCAGUGAAGACAAUGAUCUAUAACCUCCUAGCCUGGGGCUCCCAGGGUACUGAGUAAGUGGCCCAAAGGCUCUAAACUCAGCUGUGGGAAUGCCCUUGCUGGGCCUCCAGGACCUCAGUGCAAGGGAAGAUGGGGGGGUGGGGAAAGAAACCAAAAAAAAAAAAAAAAACAAAAAACAAAACAAACAAAACCCCAGACAAAGUGGCAGAAGGAGAAUGACAGAAUCAGUGGUUGGGGAUUCUGGGCAGCCCAUGCCUCAGCCCCUGCAGGCUGAUGGUGCUGAGGAUGGGACUGUGAGGUAUGGGCCCCAUCACAUGGUGCUGACAUAAUCUGCAAAGGCCUGGGAUGAGUCCCAUGAAUCGCUAACCACAUGGCAGGUAGCCCGGAGCCGCCGGAUUGCUUCCCUUGCUGUGACUGCAUCCUGGUCCAGCCAGUUCUGGAAGAGGCGUAGGUGACCAAAGGCUCCACGGCCCCAGCGCUCCAGUCGCUUGGCAAAUUCCAGAAGCCCAUCUGGCUUGAUGCAGUUGGAGCUGGUAGGAAUGAGAUGUAUUAGCUAUCUGGGAAGCAAUUAGGCUUUGUCUAUAUCCCUUUCUCCCAUCCCUUCUCUCCCCAGUCCCUAGCAUACCUGAUAUCCAGCUGACAGAGGGAAGAGGAAGAAUCCUCUGAGAAAACAUCUGCCAGGGCCAACAGGCCAGCGUUCCCUGGAGAGAGGGACAGGGAGGGAUACUCAUUACCUAGACCCAAGAGCAGGGAAACAAGGGUAUCUAUCCUAUCUUAGCUCCAUCUUGAGAAAACCCUAGUUCUAGCAGUUCUGAAGACCUAGUACUCAAAUACCUGUAUUGCAAUUACAGCCUUCUUAGUGGAGUAGUCAAUACUGUUACCCCAAAAGUUUAUAGGUCAAAGACCUGGUUCCUUCCUCCCUCUCUGGGGUCUGGUCCCUACCCAGACGGUUCCCUGGUAGUCGAAGGCCCUUCAGUGUAGAGUUGCCCUUCAUGGCAGCAACCAUCUCAGGAAGAAAUUGGGCUGGGCGCUUCUCAAACAGACGGCAGAAGGAAAAGGUAAUCUCUGUCAAGAGAAAGUUUGGGUAAGAAGUAAGGCUGGUACUGUCCCUCUUGCCCCAGGUGGUCGUAGCAAGGUGUGUGAACAUUUUAUACGGUCCUGAAAAGAAUAAUCUGCAAAGUCCCAAGCUAUGUUGGAACUCAAUUCAAGUAAGAUACUGAACCUAAAUGUUUGCUGCAUGGACUUUUUUUAAAAUUCAGUUCCUCCUUUCUGUAGCCACUGAUCCCUUUGCAGUGGUGGUGAUUAGUUAGAAGUGAAUACCUGAAGGGGACAUGCCACAGUAUCACAUUUCUCCCCACUAUAUUUUUGUUGUUGUUUUGUUGAGACAGAGUUUCUCUGUGUAACAGCUCUGGCUGUCCUGGAACUCACUUUGUAGAUCAGGCUGACUUCAAACCUACAAGAGAUCCUGCCCCUGCCUCCCGAGUACUGGGAUUAAAGGCGUUCACAAGCACUGACUCACCCUUUCCCCAUUAUCUCACUUUUUUUUUUUUUAAUUUGAACCCACUCAGGGUGCUACCACCAUUUCUGCUGGCUCUUUACAAAACAAAACACAGUAACAUACUAAAAAUUGGGUAAAUGUGCGCAUUUGAAGAGGAAUUGAAUUUGGGACAUUAGAAGGAAUGUCCUAAGGUGCCAUAUCCUUGUAGUCAAGGGAGACAUAAGACUAGGGAAAGAAUAGUAGUUUGCACAUUGAGAUAGUGUCAGAGUUAGGACACAGGAAUGCUCAGGCUCUAGAUUAGGAUCUUACCUUGAAGGGUCAGAUUCUGUAGCAAAAAGAGCACCUCACUCUGGCAAUCUGCAAGAUUCAUGUCGUGGAAGCUCAGCCUUUUCAGAGAUUGGUUAUAUUCUGGGUGGGAGGAAGAAGCCAUGGACAAUAGGGUUUAGUUUUCCCAGGGAAUAAUGGUAGGUUCCCUACUUACCCUCCUUUACCAUUCCUACCUUUGAGUGUUUGCAACACAAGCCCAAAAUCCUGGGGAGAGGCAAAAGUGGCACUGUCCAGCGACAGCUGCUGUAGAGAACCUGAGGCCUUCAAAACAGAGCAGAGCAGUGGGGCUGGCUGAGCUCCUCGUGGAAAUCCCAUUUCCAGUUGCUCUAGGCAGUUUUCUGCAUAUGAUAGGAAGAGGAAAUUCCAAUUAGCUGUCUGUAUUUAAGAAUACAUAUGUAGGUGGGUGGUAGUGGUGACACAUGCCUUUAUUCCAGUACUUGGGAGGCAGAGGCAGGAGGAUCUCUGAGUUCAAGGCCAGGUCUAUAAAGCAAAUUUCAGGACAACCAGGGCUACACAAAGAAACUAUCUCAAACAAAACAAAAAUAACAUAUGUGUUUUAUUUGUGUACUACUACUUGGGGGUCAGAAAAAAAACCGUGGCAGGAGUUAAUUCUACGACGAGGGUUUCAGGUCUGAUGGCAAGUGCUUUUCCAUGUUGAGUCAUCUCACUGACCCACUAUUUUUUUUUUUUUUUUUUUUUUUUGGUUUUUCGAGGCAAGGUUUCUCUGUAUUGUUUUGGAGGCUGUCCUGGAAUUCGCUCUGUAGACCAGGCUGGCCUCGAACUCAGAGAUGUGUCUGCCUCUGCCUCCUGAGUGCUGGGAUUAAAGGCGUGUGCCACCAAUGCCUGGCCUGGCCCACUAUUUACAUGUAGCAGACUCAUUAGGGAAAUGGUUUAUUAUCUACACGUCCUGCUUCUACUGUGUGUUAGGCUUUAUGAUAAGUUCUAGAAAUGAACCAUUAAAUAUGAAAUCCUGUCUUUGCACUCAAGCAAAUAAAAGUAUAAUGGCUCAGG